ACUUGUUUCUUCCAAAGCAAAGGAAUUAAUAUUACAACUGAAGCCAAAAUAUUUAAUAACAUGAGGUCAUUUUCUUUUUGUCUGUUUUUAUAUAUAUUACAAAUUGAAAUCACUAGGACUGAAGAUAACUUGGAAUUAAUUUUGCGCGAAAGAACACAAUCUGAUUGGCAAAACGUAUGGCACCGCGAAACUCAUUCUCGUUGCAGAGAAAAACUUGUGCAACAAUUAUAUUGGGCCUGUGAGAAAGAUAUUUACCGCCUUACACGUCGCAAUCGAAACAACAAUGGCGAAACAGUUUCAAAGCGUGGACAACCGUUUUACUCUUUACACUGGCUUUAUGGAAAUUAUUCAGACAAUCUAAUGGUUAGAACAAGACGUAUUGAAAAGGAUCAGUCGAUUACUAAUGAAUGCUGCACUAAAGCGGGUUGCACUUGGGAGGAGUAUGCUGAAUAUUGUCCCACAAACAAGCGUCGGAAUCAUUAUUAAAAACUUUGAACAUAUGUUUCAAUAUGCACGUAUUUAAAUCUAUGGAAACUGCA